AAAACUCUAAUCCAAACCUAAACGGACCUAUAAUUACCACUAAUUAACAUUAAUCAUAUCUCUCUUGUAACUCCAAAUUUAACAGAGCAAUCAAUUAGCCGUCACCCCACGUCCUCAAAUGGAUUUAUCAUCACUUCAUUUCUUCUCUCUAUCUCUCUCCCGUUUCUAUAUAAAUGGUUUCUCCCUCUCUAGCUUUACAACACAACCUUAUCUCUCUUGCUCGCACUGUACAAUGGCUGAUCAUACACUCAACGAAGAGAACCCGUUCUCAGUUCUAACCCAUUCACUUUCCUUUGAUGAUCACAGGUCAAUUCAUAAGCUUUUGUUUAGUUUAACUUUGUUAUUUUCUUGUAAUCUAAAUUCUCAUAUGUUAUAUUGCACACGCAGCUUGUUAACGUAUCCUUCAUUUGAAUGGGAAGAAGAGCAUCUUUUUAUGAACAACUCUGUCUAUGAAGCUUUUCCUUUGCCUACACCUUUACCUGACCUUGAACCCUUGUCUCAAGAUGUACUCGAGUCAUAUAGCUCUGCAUCAUUGAACGUAACAGACCAGAACAGAGGACAAGGUGACUUGGAGCAGAAUACUGAAGAAGAAGCAGUGCAAGAGACGACUAAUAAGAGGAAAAUUAACAGAUAUGUUACUACCUACACAACCUUUUCAACUUCAAAGGCGUUGUCCAUGGAAACUAUAUCUCUAUACUUCUACAUGCCAAUAACUCAGGCAGCUACUGAACUCGACGUUGGUUUAACUCUUCUAAAAAGAAGAUGUCGCGAGCUAGGCUUUACUCGGUGGCCUCAUCGCAAACUCAUGAGCCUACUAGCUCUGAUUAGUAACGUCAAGAAGUUUGAAGGAGGAGAGAAUGCAGAAAAACUCAAGAACGCACUGCUGGAGAUGCUAGAGAAUCAGAAGAGGAGGAUUGAAGAGAAUCCGGAUUUGGAGUUUGAUGACAAGACAAAGAGGCUAAGACAAGCUUGUUUCAAGGCUACACACAAGAUGAAGAAGAAGGCAAGUCUCAAGUCUGACCACUUGUGUGGUUUCGCAAAAGAGUUUAAUUAG